AUGUCGAGGAAUACAGUGCAACCCAAUGGAUGGGUUGCAAUCAGACUACCAAGCGAGGUGACGCGCGUUCUUCAGGUGGUUCCCAAUACAACCAUUUCUCUAGGCAAAUAUGGCUCGUUUCCGAGCAAUCUUAUAAUCGAACGGCCCUAUCAUCUCACCUACGAGAUUCAGGACAAGCGCGAAGGCGAAAGCUUUCCCCGAUUACGAGUCGUUCCCGGCACAGAACUCAAUGCCGAUAAGCUCGCCGAUGUGAGCGCUACUGAGUCCGCCGAGGGCGACGACGUUAUUGAACCGGCGAAUGGAGAGGAGCUCACGCUUGUCGAUGAGAGCGGCAAGGUUGUCGCACGGUCGAACCGCGAGGUCAUUGACGAAUCUGCGCGCCAGACGCUCACAAUGGCCGAGAUCGAUCAGCUGAAGAGGGAGGGUGCUUCGGCGGGCAAAGAGCUGAUCGCUAAGCUGAUGCUCUCUCAUACGGCGAUUGAUCAGAAGACGGCAUACUCGCUAGCCAAAUACAAGCUCCUCAAGGAGAGAAAGUACAUGCGGCGGUUUACUGUUCUGCCUCUAGACGUGGCACAGCUCGGACAGUGGAUGCUGGUUGAGAGAGAUGCCAGUAAAGUCAUGGAGAUGCGACAGGAAAUGAUUGGCUUGCUGGGAUGCUGGGCCGAUGUACACUUUGGGGGCCUGCCAAUUGAGGGUGCACAAAGCCCGCAUGGCGGGCGAUGGCUGGCUGUCGAUGAUACGGGAGGUCUGUUGGUCGCGGCCAUGGCUGAGCGAAUGGGGCUAUUGCACGCAGAAACUCCAGAGGAAGAGGGCACAUCAACAGAUGCCGCCCAGCAGGAGCAGAACCCAGAGCUGCAACCCACCGAUGAGGCGGGCACAGCGGCAGCAGAGCCUGCCAAGGCACAGAGAAACAGACCCAAGCGGCCUCGAAAAGACGACCUAGACGAUCACUAUGCUCUUACAAACAGCAUCACCCUCAUCCACGCCAACUCACAGCCCAACCUCUCUCUCCUCCGCCACUUUGACUACGACUUCAGCGACCCUAACCCUCCAUAUCCCUACCACCCGCUCUUUACCAACUUGCUACCAAUCUCCUGGCUUCAGCUGCUGGAUCCUGAAGCAGACCCUACAUAUGCGGAGCCAGCACCAGAAGUAGACUCCGAGACCCUCGCAUCCUGGAAGACCAACCGCCGCGCAAACUACCACCGUAAGCGUCGGCGAUGGGCUCGCACGCGCCAAAUCGUCGACGCGACUCGAGCGGGUGGCUUCUCCGGCCUCGCCGUGGCAAGCACCAUGGAUCCCAUCUCGGUGCUGCGGCAUGCGCUCCCGCUCCUUGCCGGCGGCGCACCCGUGGCCAUCUACUCACCGACAAUCGAGCCCCUUACGCAGCUAGCGGACUGCUUCAGCAUUAGCCGACGAGGCGCCUGGGUGUCGAAUCCUCCGGCUGAGGCAGAGGGCAAGACGACGACGGAGCUGGAGAACUGGGCCGGCACGCCGGAUUUCCCCAUCAACCCGUCGCUGCUGAUCGGUGCGCAAGUGCAGACGAGCCGGGCGAGGAGGUGGCAGGUUUUGCCUGGCCGGACGCAUCCGUUCAUGACGGAGAGGGGCGGGGCGGUCGGCUUUGUGUUUACGGGAUGGAGGGCAAUCCCUGCGGAGGGUAAUAUAAUGGCUAGGGGCAAGUUCCAGAGGAAGAAGCCCAAGACUGGAUGA